AUGUUUUCUACGAGCCGUUUGUUUCGAGUUUCGCUCAUUACCGGGCUGGUGGCUUAUGUCAAUGGAGACAUCACUGCCUCUGGCACAAACUUCUCACUGAGCGGUGCUGAUGUUUCAUAUCGCUUCCAUGUCGACCCCCGUUCUGGCGACCUCGUCUCUGACCAUUUCGGCGGACCGGUAGACGACUUUACUCCCCAAGUAUACAUUUCAAACCAAGGAUGGUCGACUGGACUCGACAAUGUUGGCACUCCUGGUCUGACCAACGUCCGCCGCGAGUUCCCAGAUGUCGGUCGUAGCGAUUUCCGCCUUCCUGCCAUUCACAUUAGCCAUGCCGAUGGUGAUACCGUCUCUGCUUUUACAUACCAAAGUCACGAGAUUGUGCAAGGAAAGCCUGCAUUGGCUGGACUUCCUGCCACAUAUGGUAAUGAGGGGGAGGUCCAGACUCUAAUCGUCAAGCUCUACGACAAUUACUCCGACGUCUCUGCCGCAUUGUCCUACUCCGUCUUCCCCAAAUACAACGCCAUUGCAAGAAGUUUCCAGAUCUCCAACAAUGGCACCAACAACAUCUCCAUUGAGAGAGCGGCUAGUUUCAGCACCGAUCUCCCCAACCUUGACCUCAAGAUGCUGGAGUUGCAAGGUGAUUGGUCUCACGAGGCCAACAGAGUCAUCAGAAACGUCGACUUUGGCGAGACUGGGUUCAGAAGUACCGAAGGAUACUCAUCACACGUUCACAACCCUUUCUUUGCGCUUCACUCUCCCACUACAACUGAGACUUCUGGCGAAGCUUGGGGGUUCAACCUUGUCUACACUGGCAGUUUUGCUGCAACUGCCGAGCGCUUCUCUCACGGCUUGGUUCGUGUCUUGCUCGGCCUGAAUCCGCUACAUGCUAGCAUCCCUGUUGGUCCUGGUCAAACUUUCCAAUCUCCUGAGGCUGUUGCUGUUUACUCGUCUGAGGGUAUCGGUGGCAUGUCAAGAUCUUUCCACGAUCUGUACCGCAAUCAUCUUUCGAGAUCGAACCACACUUUCGAGACGCGACCAGUCCUUCUCAACUCGUGGGAAGGCCUUGGAGCCGACAUCAACGAGACUUCGCUCGAGAACCUUGCGUCUGAGACUGCUGAGCUCGGUAUCAAGUUGUUUGUGAUGGACGAUGGCUGGUUUGGCACUGCACCAUAUGCUCGUACAAACGAUACUGCCGGGCUUGGAGACUGGACACCAAACCCUGCUCGUUUCCCUAAUGGCCUUGGUCCUUACGUCAACACCGUUGAUAGCUACGCAGUCGCAAACACGACCAAUGACCUCUCGUUCGGUAUCUGGGUUGAGCCUGAAAUGGUCAACCCCAACUCUACUCUCUACCACGAGCAUCCUGAUUGGGUCAUGCAUGCUGGUAACCACGUACGCACUCUUACGCGUACCCAACUGGUCUUGAAUCUUGGACUUCCGGAAGUGCAGGAUUAUCUCAUCAAGGCUAUCUCCGACAUCAUCAACUCUGCCAACAUUUCCUACAUCAAGUGGGACAACAACAGAGGUAUCCACGAGAUGUCGAGCCCAGCCGCUGACUACGCAUACACACUUGGCAUGUACCGCGUAAUGGACAACUUGACGGGCUCCUACCCCGAGAUCCUAUGGGAAGGUUGCGCGUCCGGCGGUGGCCGCUUCGACGCUGGUAUCCUACACUACUAUCCUCAAUCCUGGACUUCGGACAACACCGACGCCUCCGAUCGCUUGACCAUCCAGAUGGGCACUUCGCUCGCCUACCCCCCUUCCUCCAUGGCCUGCCACGUUUCAAAGGUGCCCAACGGCCUCACCAACCGCAACAUCUCCAUCGAAUACCGCGCUCAUGUGGCACUCAUGUGCGGCUCCUUCGGCUUCGAACUCAACCCUUCUGAGCUGUCUGCCGAGGAACGCGCAGCGAUUCCUUCCAUCAUCGCCACUCAUGACAAAAUCAACCCUAUCGUUAUCUCUGGCAGCUUCUACCGUAUUGCUUGGCCUGGUGAUAGCAAUUGGCCUGCUGUGCAGUUUGUCUCCGAGGAUAAGAGCACGGCUGUGUUGUUUGCUUUCCAGCAACAGGCUGUUAUCAAGCCUGCGCCGCCGCCCGUGAGGAUGCAAGGUCUGAAUGGCACGGCGAGGUAUAGGGUCGAGAGUCAAGGUUUCAAUGGUACCCUGAGCGGAAACACAUUGAUGAAUGGAGGAUUGAACCUACAAUGGACUUUGGCUGAUUACCAGAGUAUGUUGAUCUGGCUGUACAAGGUGUAG